AUGUGUCUCCUUGCUGCAGCGGUAGAUGGCCUAGAGCCUAUCUUGCUGCAGCUUGCUGCUGCAGCAGCAAGCUUAGAGCCGUCGCAGCAGGUGUUGCUGCUGCAUGCAGCAGCAAAGUUGGGGCUUGCUUCUCCUUCUGUUUUAGACUUCUUGGGUGCAGCAAUAGAGAAGGGGCCUCUGCUGGAGGCAGGCGCAGCAGCAGCAGCAGCAGCAGCAGAAGCAACAGCAGCAGUAACAGCUGCAGCAGCAGCACAAGCAGAGGCCUACGGCGACGACCACCUACAGCAACAACAGCAACAACUGCAGCAGCAACAACUGCAGCAGCAGCAGCAUGGAGUAACACAGCAGCAGCAGCAGCAGCAGCAGCAAUGGGUGCAGCAGCAAAAGAUGCUGAUUAUGCUGCUGCAUGGAUUUGCUGCUGCAGAAAGGAGACACUCUCUUUGUGAUAAAAUCUUUGAUUGUCUCCUUCUCUCCCCUACGUCUGCUGCAGCAGCAGAGCUUACCAGCAGCAGCAGCAGCAGCAGCAGCAGCAGCACAAGCAGUACUUCUCCCGCUCUUCUUGCUCCUCCUGAUACAGCAGCAGGAACAGCAGCAGCAGCAGCAGCAAAAAGCCCCGUGCUGCCGCAUGCAGUUGCUGCUCUUGUGUCUCUUUGUUUAAUUCGUCUAAAAGCAUUCGAUAGAAAAGAUGUUAUGCAUGCACUCAUUGCUCCCUUCAGGGCAAAGGAGACAGCAACAGCAGCAGCAGCAGCAGCAGCUGCUGCUGCUGCUGCCACAAAGGAGACAGCUGCAGCAACAGACACGGAGGAGGCAGCUGAUGCAGCAGCAGCAGCAGGAGAUAGAGGGGAGACAGCCGCAACAGCAGAUACAAAAGACGCAGCUGCAGCUGCAGCAGCUGCUGCUGCUGCUGCUGCUUCUCUCUCGAGGGAGGAGAGAGAAUCGCUGCAGCGAGCAGCAGCAAAGUUGGCUGGUUAUGCAGCAGCAAGAAUCAAGGAGUUCUCUCCUCAAUUAUUGGGUAGUGCUGCACUAUCAGCAGCAAGAGCAGCAAGACACGGGCAGCAAAGAGAAGAGCUGCUAGAGGCAGCAGCAUUUGAAGUGCCUCUUCUGUCUCUUCAAGGCAACGCGGGGCUGCAUGCAGCAACGUUGCUGCUAGCAGCACUAGCAGAAAGAGGGGGCCCCCCAGGGGGCCCCCAAGGGGCCCCCUUCAUGGGUACCUCCCCCAAGCAGCUGCAUGCAAUGGAGUUGCUGCUGCAGCACUGUGCUGCAGCAGCACACAAGAUGGAGGCCUCUCUCUUCUUAAGAUUUGUUACCGCCACUGCUGACAUUGCUGCUGCACUGAGGAGCAGCAGCAGCAGUAGCAGCAACAGCAGCAGCAGCAGCAGGUACUCGCGACUCUAUCCUAGAGGUUCAACAGAAGGCGGUUAUGGCGGCUCAGGAGAACAACCUGCUGCUGCUGCUGUUGCUGUUGCUGCUGUUGCUGCUGCUGUUGCUGCAGCAGCAGCAGCACAAGAAAGAUCCCUCUUUUGCCGUUUAUCCCGACUAGAUGUUUCCUUCUUCUUUGCUGCUGCAAAUGCUGCUGCUGCUCCCCGCUUCCUCCCUUCUGCUGCUGCUGCAGGAGAGCAGCAGCAGCAGCAGCAGCAGCAGCAAGAGGGAAUGGAGCGUGUCUUUACACAGCAGCUGCAGCAGCUGCUGCCCUUCUCUUUGCUGCAGCAGCAAACCCUUGCUGCAUUGUAUAAUCACUCUAUUAAUCGUCAUGCAUGCGCAGACACUUCCUUCCUGCUGCAGCACUGGCGUACCCGUGCUGCUGCUGUACUAUCAGCAGCAAACCAGCAACAGGAGCAACAACAACAACCACAGCAGCAGCAAGGAACGGAGGUAACAGCAGCAGCAGCAGCAGCCACAUCUGCUGCUGAUUUUCUUGUAAGAGAGUUGCAGUGUAUAGACACCGCAGCUCUUGUACAAUCACCUGCUGCUUAUGCCCGUCAGCUUAUUGCGUUCUCUGAAUUAUCUCUUCCUGGUGUCUUUUCUUCCCAGCAGCAGCAGCAGCAGCAGCAGCUACUGCUGCAGGAAGGCCACAGCAGCGGCAACAGCAGCAGCAGCACCAGCACCAGCAUGCUAGAUGAAGGGCCUGCAAGGGUUCUUCGUUCCCUUCUUAUUCCCCUAAGAGGAAAUCCUUCUCUUUUCCCUCCUGCUGUUUGUGCUGCUGCUGCUCGUGUUGCUGCAGAAACUGGUGUGGGGGAUCCUUUGCUGCUGGAGAGAGUCCUGCAGCGGCUAGCAGACGCCGGAGGCGCAGCUGCUGCCUCCAGCAGCAGCAGCAGCAGCAGCAGCAGCAGCAGCAAGGCACGCAGCGGAGGGAAGCACUUGCUACCUGCUGCUGCCUUUGUUGAUUUGCUGCGUGCUGCUGCUGCUGCUGCUGCUGCUGCUACCAUGACGAGGCCUGCUCGUGCUGCCUUAGAGACCCUUGUAGAGCAGCAAAAGGAAGUGCUGCUGCAGCAACCGGACCUGUCUGCUGCAGCAAUUGGACUAUUGCAGCAGCUGCAGCUGUUGGAGUUGCCGUUGCUGCUUAGCGUGCUGCAGCAGCAAGUCUCGCAGGUGCAGCAGCAGCUGCAACAACAGCUGCCGCAGCUGCAACAACAGCUGCAGCAGCAGCAGCAGCAGCAAUGGAGGUCGUCGUCAGCAGCAGCAGCAGCAGACCUACGGGGUCUUGCAAGGAUAAUCUGCUGCAUUUCAAAGGACUCAGCAGCACAGCAGCAGCUACGGCGUGGGGCCCCCGCUGUUGCUGCCAGCAGCAGCAGCUACAGCAGCAGCAGCAGCAGCAGCCCUGCGGUAUCUGCUGCGCUGCAGUGGAGUGCGCAGCUGCUGCCUCUCUUGCAGCAGGCGCUAUCUCACCGCUUGCUGAAGCUAGAGAGCAGCAGCAGCAGCAGCAAUGAGCACCAGCAGCAACAGCAGCAGCAGCCGCAACAGCAGCAGCAGCAGCAGCAGCAGCUGAGGGUUAUUGUAACAGGAGAGGCUCUGCUGCAGUUGCUGCAGGGUUUUGCUGCGCUGCCGUCUAUUAACGGUGCUGCUGAUGCAGUGCUUGCCUCGUUGCUGCUGCUGCUGCAGGUGCAGCAGCAACAUCAGCAGCAGCUGCUGGAGCUGCCGCAUCAACAGCAGCAACAGUUGCAGCAGCAGCAGCAAACCUUGUUAUGCGAUGCCCUAAGAGCAGCAGCAGAUUUGCUAACUAGCAGCAACAGUGCAGCAGACACAGCAGCAAGAAGAAACGCAUUAAAUCCACUAGAUGUUAUUAAAGGUCUUGCUGCUGCUGCUGCUGCUGCUGAUUAUCAAGUUGCAGCAGCAACAGCAGCAGCAGCAGCAGCAGCAGAUGCAGUCAGCAGCAGCAAGACUGUUUCUACUGUACGGGAAGAGAUUGCUGCAGCAGGAGGUUUGCUGCUGCAGCAGCAGGUGCUGCCACACUUCUUGCUGCUGCAGCAGCAAGACCUUAUCUCCCUUGCUGCCUGCUAUCUGCGUCUUGAUCUGCCUAGUGUAUGGGGUCAGGUGCCAGCAGCAACGCAGCAAAUGCUGCACUUGCUGCUGCAGCGGGCUUAA